AUGGCUCCCGCCCGGGCCAAAGUGCCCGAGUAUCCCAGGCCGGUGUCCCCAGUUCCUGUCGAUGACGUUCCUAUUUGUGCCGAUACCAUAGUCUAUUAUGAUGAGCAGUCCGACGAAGAGAUUGAUGACGAGCAGAGAGCUGCGAAGAAGCGACGUAUCCAGAGUUAUGCAACGUCUUACCUUCGAGGCGAGCCGAUAUUCAUAGCCACGGCGCAUUUGAACGGCCCCUUUGGAAAAGGUUGGCGCAAUCCGUGGUUGAAGAAGAGGAAGAAUACAACACAGAUACGGAAGGCGAAGACAUCUCGGCUUGCUGCUGCUGUCAAGCCAGUGCUGCAUCCAGACAUGUCCUCAGUCUCAGGCCAACGGCCUUUGAACCGACCAGCCAUGCAGGACGCUCUCGAAUCGCUGAAGAGUAAAACCGAGCUCGACAACCACCCAUCUCGAGCGAAGAGAGACGAAAUCACGUCUCAAUUGUAUGGCCAUGAGGAUUGCAACAAGAUUCGGAAGGUGGAAGACUGGCUCAGGACAAGUACUUCUUGCGGGCAAGCAACGGAUAGGUUCAUUCAGUCCCCGUCUCCAACAGUGCGUCCAGUACACAAAGCGCCUCAACAGAAGACAAAGAAAUGGGAGGCUGCAACCAUUCCAUUCCAACUCUCUGAGGCCACCCAUGCGGUGUCUGAGCUUGCGAAGAUCAAUGGUAGGGAACUACAUAGCGUUUGGACACCAACGGAUCACAUUCACCACGGUCAAUCAGCAUCAUCUCCGACAUCAAACAAGAAGUCUCCAAAGAUAUCUCCACCCUCCGGUAUAACUUCCUGGGCUCGUGUUCAACAGGCAGACGCCCCAGUACAGCACACCAUCGGUGCUGGUAUCCCGAUCGGCGAUGAUACAAGACAAGAGGAUCUUAUCGAAAAACCAGAACCAACUCGACUCAAGCCAGAAACCUGCAUUUCAGAAGAUAUAAUGGACUCUCACGUCCCUUCAACGUCUCUGCACACAGCCUUUGAACAGCCACUAUCUUACGGUCCAGGCACUGCACUUCCUGCAUUGUCAACAGAAACAAGCAAAGUACGCCAUACAGACGAGCUUCCUUCCGCGCAGAUACAAAUACAAGCUGUUUUAAACUCGGGGCCUUCCAACUUAUCGAGCAACAUUCAGACGUUCGCCGGCCCAUCCGAUCGCCCCAACUCCCCUGACCAGGAUUUGAUCAGCAAUACCCACAUAAGACUUCAAGACCAGACGGAACGACGUCCUGGUCAUGCAGGGGCUUCACAAUGGAAAGACGAGAAUCCCAGCGGUCGCCAAGGCUCGUCGCCCGUGAAAGCUGGCACCAAUGCUCGUCAAGUUUCACUCGGCGCCCCAGGACAGUCUCGAAGUCUUGACAAAGUCAUCACGGCCGAGAGCAAGUCUCCCAUGACCGAAGCUACCAAGUCUAUCUCUACAAAGAAGAAGCGAACAGCCUUUGUCACUGAUGAGCGAUCCUCAGGGUCAUCUCAGGGAUCGAUAAAGAUGGCCAUGAAAGUUGCAAAACCAUCGGCCCUAAAUCAAGACAAAAUCGGUAAAAUCCAACCUGAUGUGAAUGCCGACGGUGAAGAGAGUGCUAUCGAGAACGUAACGGAGAUAUCUCCAUAUCGAGAGAAGCCGAUCCGCGGGACGUUGGAACGGAAAGGUAUUCUUAAGUCUUCACUCAUGACUUCUACGGAAGUGAUGGCUUCCUCGACUCAUGAGGCCCAAGCCUCUACCAACCAAGAUGCGCAACGGCCGGCAAAGCUCAAGUUGAUUGAAAGCGGGAUGUCGAGGCUGAAGGAUGAUGAUUUUGACCUGGAGGGUGUAAUGGACGAUUUAGGGAGUUUUCUAGGGACAUGGGAUCAGCAGCAGGAAGCUGUGGGAUUGAAAGCAUCUGUUUGA